AUGAACGCUUUCCUCCUUUCCCCCCUUCCGAGUACCACUUUUCCAUCCACCUUUUCCACCUACCCCUAUUCCAUCCACCCUCCUUCCUACCCUUUUUUCAUCCACCCUCCUUCCACCUACCAAUUUUCCAUCCACCCUCCUUCCACCUACCCUUUUUCCAUCCACCCUCCUUCCACCUACCCUUUUUCCAUCCACCCUCCUUCCACCUACCACUUUUCCAUCCACCCUCCUUCCACCUACCCCUUUUCAUCCACCCUCCUUCCACCUACCCCGUUUCAUCCACCCUCCUUCCACCUACCCCGUUUCAUCCACCCUCCUUCCACCUACCGUUUUUUCACCACCCUCGGUUCCACCUACCCGCCACGUGUCCAUGCUUCUCCCAACCUCCUCAUACAGCCGCUCCAACGCCCUCCCUUUCACCUGCCUCCUGCCUCUUCCCCUCCUCCGACGCCCUUCCCCUCGGCCUCUCUUUCCCCCACCAUCUCCUCCACCACUCUCCCGCCCAUCCCCUCUAUAAUCCCCCAUCUUCUGCCCUUCAACUGCCCGUAA